GCCGUCUUCUGUUUAGGGUUUUACGAAGGGUCUAUUUAUUUCUCCCCUCAGCGAUAUUAUUAUUCUCUCUCUGGGUUCUGUUCAGGUCGUCGGAGAGAAUCAGUUCGCCGGGUAGGUGUUGUAAUGGCUUUCUUUAGUAAAGUUGGGAGUAUACUUCGACAAACUGCUAGCAAGCAGAUAAUCAAUGCUGAAUGGUCUACUUCGACACCAAAAGCUUCCAUCUUUCAAGCUAUACGAUGCUUUUCAUCGAUGUCAUCUUCAAAACUUUUUAUUGGAGGCCUUUCAUAUAGUACAGAUGAUUAUCAACUGAGGGAAGCUUUUAGCAAAUAUGGUGAAGUGAUGGAUGCAAGAGUAAUUGUGGAUCGAGAAACUGGUAGGUCUAGGGGAUUUGGUUUUAUUACUUUCUCUAGCAAUGAGGAGGCCUCUUCCGCUAUACAGGCUUUGGAUGGCCAGGUUCUUCAUGGCCGUAAUAUAAGGGUGAACUAUGCGAAUGAGAGACCCCCUCGUAACUUUGGAGGUGGAGGCUAUAAUCCCGGAUAUGGUGCUCCUGCUGGAGGCUAUGGGAGUAAUUAUGGAGGUAACUUUGGCGGUGGAAAUUAUGGUCCUCCAAGUGGAAGCUAUGGAGGCAAUGCUGGUUAUGGUGCCAAUACCUUUGGAAGCCAAGGAAAUGCUUAUGGUGAUGUUGCUGGUGGUGUCAGCAAUAACUAUGCAGGCACUGGCGAAGGCAGUGGACUUGGAGGUGCUGAUUUUGGGUUUGGCAAGGAUAAUCAAUUUGACAGCACUGGAAACGUGGAGAAUGCAGAUGCAGCUGGAGGUUAUGGCCAAAAUGAUGCAGUAGAUGGAAAUUUCCGAGAUGAAGAUGAUGAUGAUCUCAUGAAGAGAGCAUGAGACUUGUUAUGUUCCAUAUUGUAAGAAGACCUGCCCCCUUGGUACUCACAUUUUCAGCUAGCCCCUGUGCUGCUUUCUUAAUCUGAACUAUUCAUCUGCAUUUAUGGUUUUAGAGAAUAAAAAGUACAUAAUCAUGACUUCUAUGCUGAGCCAACUCCUUAGGCAUUUCCAGAUUUCCUAUCUUGUAAUUAUGCAGUAUUGGAAAUUUUUUGGUUGGCGGGUUCAUUUUUUCUUGCUACUAGUUUGUCAUUACUGCUCAAGCUCAGGAGUUUCUUCUUUUGAACGGCCAAAUGUGUAAAUUGC